AUGACUGGUGCGCAAAAUCCCGGAUCUUCUCGGGUAUUGGACCCUCUGAAGGCCGACCCCAAGCCCAAAUCCCAUCCUCUUGGGCCUCUAACCGCACAUGAGAUCACCGAAGCUGCGACCCUCACAAGGGCAUGUUGGCCGGAUAAUAUCGAAUAUCACUUCAAGGUUGUCACGCUUCUCGAGCCUGCCAAGGCUCAACUCAUCCCCUAUCUGGCUGCGGAGCGGGCUGGACAGCAUCCGGGUAGCAUCGACAGGCGAGCGUUCGUUGUCUACUACUUCAGGGGCACCCACAACCUUCACGAGGCGGUAGUAAACCUCACGACGGGCAAGAUCGAGGCGAAUGUGAAACUCGGCCCGUUCACCCACGCAAACGGCGAUGGCGAAGAACUUAUCGCGGUCGAGAAAGCCUUGCUGGCCCACCCAGACGUCCAAGCCGAGCUAGCCAAACUCGAACUUCCUGAGGGGACCGUAGUUGUCUCUGAUCCGUGGAUUUACGGUGAGAUUCUUCUCCUCGGGGUGUGGAAUUGUCUCUUACGUUUGGUAUUUUUAGGUUCGGACGGCUUGAAGGAGGGUAACUUCUACGAUGACAAGCGCGUGCUGCAAUGCUUUCUCUACAUGCGAGACCCUCAGAACUCGGCUGAGCCAGAUAGCUGCCAUUACGCCUUCCCUCUCCCUAUUUCGCCCGUCAUGGACCCCACCACCAUGGAACUGAUCCGGAUCGAUAUUUUACCUACGGGCCACGACGAGAAAGUGAAACCCCUGGCUCCAUGGCAAGCAACAAGUGCGGCCGAGUACAUCCCCGAAGCCCAGAUACUGCGCACCGAUCUGAAACCGCUGCAGGUCGUGCAGCCGGAAGGGGCGUCCUUCACGGUCGAGAACUUUUCCGAGUUAGGCCGCUUGAUCCGCUGGCAGAAGUGGGACUUGAAGGUCGGUUUCAACCAGCGGGAAGGCAUGGUCUUGUAUGAUGUUCACUACGACAACAAGCCCCUCUUCUACCGGCUGAGCUUGUCCGACAUGUCGAUCCCAUAUGCAGACCCGCGCCAUCCCUUCCACCGCAAGGCCGCUUUCGACCUUGGAGACGCCGGGGCCGGCAUCAUGGCCAACAACCUGCAGCUUGGCUGUGACUGUCUUGGCAGCAUCUACUACAUCGGGGGAGUGUUGUCCGACACCUAUGGGAAGCCGGUAAACAUGCCGAAUGUGAUUUGUGUCCACGAACAGGACGCCGGCAUUCUGUGGAAACACACCAACUAUCGGACGAACCGCGCCGUGGUGGUUCGAAACCGUGAGUUGGUACUGCAGACCAUCCUGACGGUGAGCAACUACGAAUACAUCUUGUCGUUCGUCUUCAACACGGCCGGUGACCUCGCUUACGAGGCGCGUGCUACGGGAAUCUUGUCCACGCAGCCUCUCGACCUCGAAUUGACCAAGUCGCCUCAUCCAUUUGGCACCGUCGUACACCCGGGAGUCUUGGGAAGCUUCCACCAGCACUUGUUUAGCCUGCGUAUCGAUCCCAUGGUUGCGGGUCACGGCAACUCGAUCGUAUAUGACGAAGCGGUACCCGUUCCUCGGGACCCGAAGCUCAACCCGCACGGCGUCGGAUAUACCAUACGCAAGACCGAGAUCAAAUCCUCGGGCGGCUUCGACCUGGACGUGGACAAAAACCGCACCUUUAAAAUCAUCAACCCCGCUGUCCAUAACCCGGUCAACCACGCGGCGGUCGGGUACAAGGUCAUGGUCCCACCGAUGCAGACGAUCCUCGCCGAUUCGGAAAGCUUCCACAACAAGCGCGCCGAGUUCGCCGACCACAACAUCUACGUGACACGCUAUGCCGAGGGGGAGCUGUACGCCGGCGGCCUCUACACCAACCAGAGCAGGGGCGGGGCGGGAGUGCGCGGCUGGGCAAACCGGAAGGACAGCCUCACGGGCGGUGACCCCGUCCUCUGGGUGCAGUUUGGCAUCAACCACAUCCCGCGCGUCGAGGAUUUCCCCGUAAUGCCGGCCGAGACACUGCGUGUCAUGCUCAGGCCGGUCAACUUCUUCGAUCGGAACCCAGCCAUUGAUGUGCCGUCGAGUAAGCAGGCGGUGAACUGUAGUGUCAGUUUAAACAAACCGGGGGAUGGCUUGGAAGAAUCGCUGGCAGUGGGAGUGGAAGUGCUUGACAAUGUCAAUACCUAG